UUUUCAGAAUUUUUAUAAAAUACACCUACCAAUAUUUUGGUAAUUUCCCACAUUUUAAUCUCUGCGCCGGAUGAACCCUGUUUUCAUUAAAAAGAAUUUCACUGGGUGCCCAAGCCCACCCAAGCCACGACCGGGCCGGCCCUUUCUCCCGGAGAUUGGCGCCUCAUCGCAAGGCAGUUAUCAGCUAAGUCGCUUACGUUUUUCCUUACAUUCCUUUUGUUUACCAUAACGUCCUAUCUGAUAAGAUAUUCCUACGAGGUUUCUUGAAUGAAUGUUUUUUUUUCUCUCCCAUUUUCUCAGCAAUCAAACAUCGGAUUUGAUUAAUCAAAAUAGCAGUGAAUCAGUGAAGAGAUCACAUAUUUUUCCCGGAUCUAACUGUUCGAAACAUCGAGUUUGGAUCGGAUGUGGUAGAAGCUGAAGUAAUUCUUGGCGGCCGAAGUAGCACAGAAGAUGCUAUCAGUGAAGGCUUUGGAUAAAUUUUUACGGUUGAGAAGUUUCUUUUCUUGUACUUCUAUUCCAAUAAUGUCAAAUUUGGAGGAGCCAGCUGUUUUUGGCAAGCUUUCAAGAUUUGGUGGUGAUAAAGUUAAAAUGUUUUCCUCUAAUCCUUGCAUGAUCAGAGAAAAUGGUACAGGAAUCGGAGAUUGCUGGGUUGAAGGGUCGAGCCUUCACUCUCCAAAAAAUAGCAAUUGUCCUUAUGUACAGGUAUAUAUGUUUGCGUGUGCCUCACAGAUUAAAACACCGAGAUGUUCAUUACCACUGCCUGAUGUGCUAUGACAGUGCUUGACAGCUCAUGAAUCAUUUAUGAGUAUACAGAAGAAGUAUGCCCUUGGAGAAGACAAAUGAGGAAUGUGUCACGGGGGGAUUUCUUAAAUCGUACACCUGCAAACAUGAGUAGAAAUCAUAGAGUAUUUCGAAGUGUUCCUGAUGCUUGUUAUUUGACAGAUCGUCCUUAUAGCUCCCAUUGCAAUGAUGAAUGCACAAGGGAUAAUAAGUUGCUAAGAAGUAUGCCAGGAUUUGUGAAGAUUGUGGAAGUUGGUCCCAGAGAUGGAUUGCAAAAUGAGAAGGACAUUGUGCCUACUGUUGUAAAGGUUGAGCUGAUUAAGAUGCUAGUUUCUUCAGGAUUGCCUAUUGUAGAGGCUACAAGUUUUGUCUCACCAAAAUGGGUGCCACAGCUAGCAGAUGCAAAGGAUGUAAUGGAAGCCAUUCGAACUGUUGAAGGUGGUAGAUUUCCUGUGUUGACACCUAAUCUUAAAGGCUUUGAAGCAGCUGUUGCAGCUGGAGCUAAGGAAGUGGCCAUCUUUGCCUCUGCUUCUGAGUCAUUUUCAAAGUCAAACAUCAAUUGUAGCAUUGAAGAUAGUCUCACUCGUUACCGUGAUGUUGCUCUUGCUGCUAGAAAGCUCUCAAUCCCUGUUCGUGGAUACAUAUCGUGCGUUGUGGGUUGUCCACUGGAAGGAGUAGUAUCUCCAUCAAAAGUAACAUAUGUGGGUAAAGAACUUUAUGAUAUGGGUUGCUAUGAAAUUUCCCUUGGCGAUACUAUUGGUGUUGGUACUCCUGGUACUGUCAUUCCAAUGCUUGAAGAUGUUAUUGAUGUUGUUCCUAUUGAUAAGCUUGCCGUCCAUUUUCACGAUACUUAUGGGCAGGCUCUUUCAAAUAUUCUAGCAUCACUCCAAAUGGGGAUCACCACAGUGGAUUCAUCAGUAUCUGGUCUUGGGGGCUGCCCAUAUGCUAAAGGUGCUUCUGGGAAUGUUGCGACUGAGGAUGUUGUUUACAUGCUAAAUGGACUCGGGGUGAAGACAAAUGUGGAUCUUGGGAAGCUCAUGUUGGCUGGGGAUUUCAUCUGUCAGCAUUUGGGACGACAAUCUGGUUCAAAGACAGCAAUUGCCUUGAGUAGAAUCAGAGGUCAUGCCUCCAAGCUAUGAGGUACAGGAGGGUAGAUCAUCUUAUAUCCCACCCAUUGGAAUUUUGAGCAUUGAUCAUCUGAAAUUUUUAAAUCACCCCUUGAAGAGAAUGACUGUGCACAAGCCACAAGUUGUGGUGUUAUCUUAGUUUUACUAUUGCAUUGUGUGUUUCCUGUUGCGUUCCAUGCGUUUGUGCCAGGAACAAUACCAUCAGAGUCCAUUUUUGGCUGAACCAAAGUGAUGCUCCCGAAUUGUAAUGCUGUCACAUUGAAAUAUUUAUAUGCAAAUGCCUGCUCUUAAGGCUAACAUGAA